AUGCCGUCUACCGUCACCAAGCCCGAAAUUGAACACUUUGUCCCAGUUAACCCGACAUCUGAGCCUUUGGAAUACGCUGAACUGGUCACGUUAGACCUUUCCACGUACGACAAUGGGCCAGACGCCCGCAAAAAGCUUGCCGACGAGCUGAAACAUGCCAUGCGAACACAAGGCUUCUUCGUCGUGGUCAACCACGGCAUCUCUAUCGAGCAGAUCGAUCGACAAGUAGAUAUUGGUUAUCAUGUGCUCACUAAGACCUCAUUGGAAGAGAAACAGCGCCUGGAAGGCAGGAUGAAACAAGAGGGCAGCUACCAAGGCUUCAAACUCCGUAACUACUGGCAAAUCGACCAAGGCGUCAAGGACCAGAUUGAACAAUAUAACUGGAAUCGAGAUCUGACUUUGCGCGAACACCCUUCUACUUUCACCCCAUUCAAGGACGAGGUCCAGGAGUUGAAUGAAUUUGUCCACAAAGAGAUCUUGUUCCGACUCCUGACCCUUUUCGCCAUUUCCCUCGAUCUGCCACAGGAUUUCUUCGUCAACCUCCACCAGUAUGAUGUCCAUGACGAUUCCUGGUUCCGAUACAUGAUGUACUUUCACAGCCACAAGGCAGAGGAUAUGGAGAAGACGGGUGGGGUGUGGCUCAAGGGCCACUGCGACUUUGGCUCUAUUACCAUGUUAUUCAGCCAGCCGAUGGCAUCGCUGCAACUCAUGGACCAUUUUAGCGGCAAGUGGCGAUGGGUCCCGUACGUUCCCGGCGCAAUCGUCGUCAACGCCGGGGAAAUGAUGGAGUGGUGGACGGGCGGCUACUACAAGGCCACGAUUCAUCGCGUAUGCCAACCGCCUCCCGAUCAGCGCCAUCAGGACCGUUGUGGUUUGUUUUACUUUGUUGUUCCCAACGACGAGGUCAAGGUCAAUACUCUCCUGGAGGAGUCAAGCGUGCUUCGCGAAGCCGGCGUGGAGAGGAAAUUCGAGCCAGGAACAGAGCCAACUUCAAAGUUGUACAGGUCUGCUCGUAUCGGUGCCUAUGGACAGACUGAUCUGUUCAAGGGCAAAGGCAAAGGCAUACAAGAGGAGACCAUUGCGGGGAUCAAAUUGAAGCAUUACAAUUGA